CACGUUGGCGUUUUUAAUGGAUAGGGAAACACUCAAUUGCUUUUUGAACGUUGAUGAAAGAAAAUUUCAUCAGAUCGUAACUUAUCCAUGGCAUACGAAGUUAAUUUUGAAGACUGCCAUUUAAACAUAUUUAUUUCCUGUAUAUACAUUCUGAAGAAGAAAAGGUAUUUUUGGUAAUUGAAAACACUGCCUUUUACUAGACGAUCAAUAUGGAGUUCCAACCUGUGAUCAUGGCUGCUGGGCGAGGGACACGAAUGACAGAUCUCAACACAGCAAAGUAUCCAAAGGCCCUACUGCCUGUAGGCAACCUACCAAUGGUCAUCUACCCUGUUUACAUGCUGGAAAGGGCUGGCUUUGAAGAGGCCAUUGUGGUUGUUCUCGAUUCCCAGGCAGCAGAAAUCCGUAAGGCCUUGGUGGGAGUGAAGCUUCGCCUAGACUUUGUCAGCAUACCUGAUGCCAAUUACUGGGGUACCGCUGACUCCCUUAGAUACCUCAAGGACAAAGUCAAGAGGGACCUGCUGAUCAUCAGUUGUGAUCUGAUAACAGACAUCUCCAUCCAUCAAAUAGCCAACAUCCACCGGAAGUACGACGCCACAGUGACCAUGCUGCUGUCCCCUAUACCCUCCCAGUACAGAGACAUCCCCACCCCGGGGCCCAAGGCGAAGAAAAGAUCAGAGAGAGAUUUCGUCGGUUUUGAUGAGCAGGGUGAUCGAGUUCUAUUCAUGGCAUCAGAAGCAGACUUAGAUGAAAAUAUAAAAUUCCGAAAAUCAGUGUUAAAAAGACAUCCUUUCCUGAACAUAAAAUCAGGUUUAACAGAUUGCCAUAUGUACAUUAUGAAGAAAUGGGUUGUGGAUUUUCUUGAUUCAAGUAAAGCGAUCUCGUCUAUAAAAGGAGAACUUAUUCCAUACUUAAUAAAAAAGCAGUUCUCCAAACCUAAAGCCAGCUGUGAUGUGGGGAAGGCAAACAUGUCGGUGGUGUCGGAGGACGUUCGACCAGAUAUAUUCACAUUUUCAAAAGUUGAUGAAAUAACAGAGAAAAUAAGAGAAAUGUCCACCUGGAUUGAUCAUAGGGGUGACAUGGAGGACUGCUUCCAUCACAACCCGAUUCGAUGUUACGCACACGUACAGAGUGAUGGAUUCUGUGUGAAGGCAAACACAGUUGCUGCUUACAACGAGUCUAACAAACAGAUCCCAAGGGUUUUAGCAGACCUGGCCAGUGAAAAGGAGACUAUUGUUGUUCACCCUUCUACGUCAAUAAAGGGCAAGUCACAGGUUGGAACAGACUGUUUGGUAGCGGAAGGUGCACAGAUUGGAGAGAAGACGUCAGUAAAGAGGUCAAUUAUAGGCAAACACUGCACGAUUGGAGACAAGGUCAAAAUUGCUAACUCUGUCAUCCUUGAUCAUGUCUCAAUACUGGAAGGGUGCAAUAUUCAAGGCAGUCUUAUCGGGGCAAGGUCUACUGUGAACGAGAAAUGUGAACUAAAGGACUGCAUAGUUGGACAUGGACAGAACAUUAAUACAAUGGGGAAAUUCACAAAUGAGGCUAUAACUGGUAUUGACAGAAUGAUGGAGAUCUAGAGUUGUGGUUAGUUUGAACUGGUUCAGUAAGUGACAGACAACAGCUGUGCUGUGUGAUGUGUGAAAAUUAAAAAAAAUUGAACAUGGACACUUUCAAACUGAAGCCAUCAAACACAACAACUCAGUAUUAGAAUUUUUAUACAGUUCAUUUUUUUGUUUUCAAAGAAAAUAAAUCACAAUUCUGAUACUU